GGGAGAGUGGAUAUAGUGAAUGCAGAGUCCUGGGAGAGCGGAUAUAGUGAAUGCAGGGUCCUGGGAGAGCGGAUAUAGUGAAUGCAGGGUCCUGGGAGACCGGAUAUAGUGAAUGCAGGGUCCGGGGAGACCAGAUAUAGUGAAUUCAGGGGUCCGGGGAGACCAGAUAUAGUGAAUGCAGGGUCCGGGGAGACCAGAUAUAGUGAAUACAGGGUCCAGGGAGACCAGAUAUAGUGAAUGCAGGGUCCGGGGAGACCGGAUAUAGUGAAUGCAGGGUCCUGGGAGACCAGAUAUAGUGAAUGCAGGGUCCGGGGAGAGCGGAUAUAGUAAAUGAAGGGUCCUGG